AUGUUCGAAGGGCCUCUAUACACUGCCUCACUGUCUCUCGCCGGGACGCUUGCAGUCUACUACUGUGCAGCAAUCAUAUGGAACCUCUAUUUCCAUCCAUUGCGGCACUUUCCUGGGCCAUGGCUGGCAGCAGCAACGUGGUGGUACACAACUUGGUUCGAGGUAUUCCUCAACGGCGGGAUGGUCGACCACUUGCAGACCUUGCACAAACGUUAUGGGCCUGUCGUUCGUAUAGCUCCGAAUGAAUUACAUUUCAACGGGCCUCGAUUUUACGCUGAUAUCUAUGUCAACGGCUCUAAAUUCCGGAAAGACCCAAAGCUUUAUACGACCUUUCACGAGGAUGAAUCGUCAUUCUGCUUCAUCGACCCGCAAGAUGCCAAGAGUCGUCGAGAAAUAAUGAACCCAUUGUUCUCUCGCCGCGCAAUCCUGCAAAUGGAGCGCUACCUGCAGGCAACAAUCGACAAAUUCCUUGACAAGUUGCAAACUUCACGAAAGCCGGUUGAUCUUCAUCGUGCUUACCGAUGCACCACCCUGGAAAUCAUAUUGUCAUACUGUUUCGCCGGGGACUACGACAUUCUCGGAGCCGCCGACUUCGCCCAUCCGUUGAUCAUUGCAGUCGAAAACGUCAUGCCCCUUGCCCUGGUGUUCAAGCAUUUCCCCUUCGCCUACGAUGCGCUGCUUUGGCUUGACAGUCAAUUCAAACGCUUUCGACAGGACUCCUUUGGUCCUGGCGAAUUGACGGAGAGCCUCUCCCAGCAAAUUGACGAGCUAUUGAUGCAUCCUGAGCUACUCCAGCAGCAGGGCCAUGAUACUAUCUAUCACCAUCUCUUAACGCCAAAUCCCGGCAAAGGGCAACCGACCGUCCCUUCAAAGAAGUCGCUCCUCGAGGAGGCGAUGAACCUUGUGGCCGCCGGUAGUGAUACAGUUGGCAACACAAGCACCGUUGGGACGUACUACGUCCUUAGCAACCCGGACGUUUUUGCGAAGCUUAUCAGUGAGCUCAAGCAGCAUUGGCCCGAUCCGACUAUCCCCCUCAAGUAUGAGGCGCUUGAGAAGCUGCCCUACCUAACAGCUGUCAUAAAGGAAUCUCUUCGCAUGUCUCACGGCAUCGUCACCCCCCUUCCAAGGAUUGUUGCGCCGGCGGAUGCAUCCAUCGGUGGCGUCGUCGUGCCUGCGGGCACUGUUGUAGGCGUGGGAGCGACCUUCAUUCACUAUAACCCAGAGCUAUUCCCUGAGCCACACAAUAUCCUUCUCCAAAGGACCGCGAAGCUGCCUAGGAAUCAAGUUCAGUGGUCCUUCUUCCCUGCCGAGAUGUGUGUUCUCAACAUGAUUGAUAGCCUGGCCUGGUGUGAACUGUACCUUCUGUUUGCCAACGUGUUUCGCAAAUUGGACCUAGAGCUAUACAACACGAAGCCGGAAGACCUUGAGUUUCAGUGUCAUUUGACCCCAACUUUUCGCAAACAUGUUGAGGUCACUGUCAAGCAAGCCACGCCUUAA